GCUUCUUUGUUCUUUGUUUCUGUUUUCACAAAAUAAAAACCAUUUAACACUAUACAAACGUCUUGUGCAUGUCAAACAUUCAACCAUACUUGUAGUUUCGACAGCACCAUGGAUAAAUUGACCGAGGAACAAGCCCGAGAAACUAUUUCUCGAAUGUUUGACGAAAUGGGCAGGACUUUGAAUGCUGUAGGGGAUUAUUCCGAGAGUGAAUACGAGACAGACGAGGAUGAGAUUCCUGAAGCUAGCUCAAGCUCGCGCCCAGUAGCAACUCAACCUGUAGAGACUACUCAAACACCAGAGGAUGGUGAUGCACCCGUAAAGAAAAAGAAGAAAAAGAGAAAAAAAAAGGCGGCCAACAAGCCUGAUUUGGAAGACCUUCUCAACAAUGUCAAUCUUGAGGAACUUGAGAAAGAGGACCCUUAUGACAUCUCUAAAUCUGUAGCUGAGAGGAUGGAACUAGCCGUAACACGUUUUCGUAAAAACCGCAAGUUUAACCCUGAACGAGCACAGAUCUUAUCUACUUAUCUUGACUACGGUGGUAUUCGGACUGGUCCCAAGAUGUUCCAAGGAGGUGGGGCUUCUAACACACCCGGUGUCACAGACAAUGAUACCAAUCCGGGCGAUCCUGAUUAUGAGGCCAUGAAUGCCGGUAUCGAUAGCGUGGAUCUCCCCGAAGAUGGACAAGUGAUCGAUUUCACCAACGUUGUAACCACGUUCCUUUCGGAACACUUCUUAAAAAACACAGGAUGGAUCGAUAUGACCUAUCAUAAAGACACCCCCCUAGUUAUUGCGGCAUUACUGAACUAUCUCUUGCUUCGAAAUGUACUUCCAGAGCAUGAAGAAGAUUUGCGAGCUGCAUUGAAGGUUGCAGAGCAAGCCCAGGUUGAACUACCCCUCUGUAAACAGAUCAACAAUAGUAUGCCUGGUCUCUAUGACAAAGCAUGCUCAUUGCUGUAUGGUGGCGAGUGGUAUGGACACCUUGACCAGACAUGGACAUCCUACGAGACCAAUGUCGAAAGUUUGGGGAUGGAUCGUGCGAUGGCGGAGGCAAUUGUCCAGUCAUUGAUUGGCCCUGACGCAGACCUGAAGAAUCUUUCAAUCAUUUCCAGAGAGGAUUUGGAUCUAGAGAUCAUCCAUAUUGAUUUCCCUGAUGAGCCACAAGAGCCUGAGGAGAAUAACUCUGAUAAAGCAGAUUUUUCCGAUGAAUUGGCUACAGAGGAUGAUCCCGAAUUAGUGGCUAUGGUCGAUAGAAUGUUGCUAGGCUCAAGUGCCCCUUCGUUCAACACAUCCGAGUCAGGAUUGGAUCAAACCAAUAGUAGUAGUAAUCAUCCAGCGAGUACAAUACCGUCAGAAUUUGGGCCUAUACCAUCCUCCAAGAACAAGCCCGUUAUGCCUGUGCCCAUGUUUGCGAAUGUAACCUUUGCAGAAUGGGAUCGGUAUCUACUACGUGAGGAGCAAAAACCACUGGACCAGCGGCGUAAGUUUCAUGUGUACUUUGAUCCGUCAACUGCAAGCAAGAUGCUGCUUAGUAUGAGAGUUGUAGGAAUUGUGUACACGUUGUCGAAUGGCAUGUCCUACCUGGAGCAGGCAGCAAUCUACCCUACAUACUAUCUGGAAGCAGAAGUAGAUGAAACUCCAGACGAUGCUUAUGAAGAAUGGUCGGACAAUGAAUAGCCCUGUACAGGUCAAUCCGUCCAGUCUACGCAUGACACCAAACAAUAGAACACCAGCUACAUGUAAUGUAAUCAUUUGAAAUAAAGCACUUGUUGGAAUGAUUG